AUGCUGGGGAAGCUCUUCAACUUGGGCACCGGGAGUGCUGCAAGUACUUCUGACUCAACGCAAACCAACAACAACAGCAGUAACUUUAACAACAAUGCCGCUUACAAAGACUCUCCACAGACCCUCGAGUCCAUGCAGGAGGACAUCCAUACCCGCAAUCUCUUGUUUCCCGACACAGAAGCCUUGUAUCAACAUCGGAAUGACCAAGUCUUUCCUCUGUCCAUGGUCUCUGCUCUCCCUUUGGCGUCGAUAGCAAGUGCCUUUGAUUACGACGGCGACAUCGACCUCGACAUCCGCCAUGUCCGUCUCCUUAUCAUGCAAGACGCCGUUGCUUCCCUCCCGGCACAGCUUCUGUUCGACAGCCAUCCUGCGCCGCCAAAACCGCCUUCCAUAACACCCGGUGAACGGCCGGUAACAGGCAUCGGGACUGUGCAAGACUCUUACCGAGGUCCCACCUCGCCCAGGAAGAGUAGCCUCAACCAAACAUCACGCCCUCUCGUGAUCCAGCCAGACAGUCCUCAACCCCGCCAGGGUGCUUUUGAUCGCAGGGCCUCAAUGCAGGGUCGAGCUCAAUCACAGGCUGAGACAGAUCUCCAGCGCGCGCGAAGAGAGUACAACGACGAGAUCCAUGCCUUCGCCGGCUCCGUCUUUGGCAACUCGGAGUUGAUGGCCUACAAAGGCACCUCGACAAAAGUCCACAUUGUUCCCACCGAAACCCGUCCAGAAUAUGGAGGUUCCUAUCUCGGCGAUGGUCGUGGCUCUAUCGGCAGGUCGAGCAUGCGAUCCAGCAGACUGGCACAGUCAUAUACAUCGGAAAACGUCUCACCCAUGCAACCACCACAAUCUUUUACCUCCUCUGCCCCGAACACGCGGAGCCCGCCAGAGAGGAGAAAGAUCCUCAUCACGCGACUGUUUCCCGUCUUGCUUCCUAGCGACGACGACACACAGAGCGACACCCCCUUGAGUCGUUUCUCGGACUACAACACGGGGUUUCCGUUCCCGCAGUCUGCUGACGAGGCAAAUGCCCCCAAGAAGAAGAAGCCCCAACCCAAGCAGAAGCGCACGCCAAUGUACGCAGUCGUAUUGGUGAUUCAACUGCCACCCACUUCGGGUUCGAUGCCACUCCCCUCCACCAUUAGGUCGACUUUCCGCGGCGCCAGCUCCUACACGGAACAAGACUCGUUCCCUUCUUCUGUGGGCUCGGCUCGCCGCUCGGGAUGGACCAUGUCCGGAUCCGGAUUUCCGACCGACUCGAUGGAAUCAUCAUGCUCGACAGACGUGGACGACAGGAUGGAUACCGUCACGCAGCAUUGGGAUAUCAUCAUGCGAACGCUGACGCAUCUUCAGGGGGUGGUUGCCACCACACUUGGUACCUUGCUGAGACAAACCGACAUCUCCUCGCCGGACCCUUAUCCGAAUUCGGUGUCUUCGUACGUCGGCAGAGCCCCGUCGAUGAGCGGAAGGAGGAAUGAGGAGCCACAUUUCAUCAAGCCUCCUAAAACCAACGCCAAAGUCAUAGCUUUGCAGCCCCAUUGCUUACAGAACGACAACAGCGUUGUGCAAGAGGCCAACUCUGCCAGGAUCCGGAUCGUCACAGGUCUCCGCGCCCAACGGGUCAUCACAGCACAGGGGAGGUGGGGCAUUUGGAGGGACGAGGCAAGAUGGAUGGCGAGAAAGGCUGGCGAGAAGGAGCAUGGGUUCUUCUUCUUCAACCUUCUGACCGGUUUUCUUGCGACGCACACCGACUGGUUGAAUGCCAUGAGUCCAGCAUGGUACCGUCGAAAACAUUACCAGCAACAAAAGUCAAAGGGCGAAGACGACCUCUCGUUGCCGGCACGGACAGUCAUCAUUGCUUCGGACAAGAUGCUUGCACGACGCCUCAUCUUCCUCCUUUCCGCGUUCCUCCCAUCGCACCAACAUCUCUCAUCGGCCAGGAACCACCGGCCGAGCACCUCUACAUCCUUUGGGGCAUUUUCUCAGUCGCCACCUUCACUGAUCAUCCCCAUUCUCCGUGAAGAAUCACUGCGGCGAAAGAUCAAUAGACGCCCGGGCCCUAGACGCGUCUCUCAUUCACGGACAGUCAGCCAAAGUACACGUGCAUCCGGGGUUCCCCCUCAGCUUGCGCACUUGAGCAUGGAGAGUCGCCACGAAAGGCAUGUUUCGGAUGCUGCUUCGAUACGGUCCAACCUGCCUAUCCCAGGCAACGACCAGGUUAGCCGAAAGAGCAGCGCAGCCACGACCACGACAAUCACCCCCGAGACUACUAUCCCGCAUUUUACGACCGCUCAAAGGUUUGAGAACCGGCGAAGUCUUCGGCCUGGCAGCAGCGGCAGUGUCGCUGCCGACGACCUCAAGAGGACGUUGAAGCGAGGCGAGAGCUCGGGACACGUGAGCUCGGCCAGCACAGACUCCCGUUUGUCAAGCUCGCGUUGGGGCAGCGUCAUAAGCACCCUAUGGAAUGGCAAGAGGAGAGACUCGACUGGUCUCACCACCCCAAACUAUCCCUAUGGCAGCAACCCCACGUCUCCGACCAAGUCAACACAGGGAGGGCGCCGGGACAAGCUAGCAGACAUGGUAAGAGAAGUCAGGACCGAGGGUUAUCGUCGGAUGGACGACCGAGGUUACAACGGAGGCGGCAACGACAACGGACCUACCACGCCUCGAGGCUUUGACGACCAGGCCAUCGACGACCCAAUCGAGAGAGUCGCUUUGCCGGAGCGUGUCCCCGACCCCAGCGGCGACUUCCGGUCACCUGUCAAGACAUCGAUCAAUGCAGAGGAUGGAGUCAUAGACGUGGAUAUCUCGUUUCCCGACUAUAUCACUUCUUUCGAGACGGCAGUUAGCUCGCCGUCGAGCAGCGGCUACUUGUCCACGCCCGGUGUUGGGAACGGUUUGGAAGGCUUCGAACAGUUUUCCCGCGUCACUAUCGACGGCGACUCCCCGAUGAACGUGGCAGGGUUUCUUCAGCAAUACCAUCAGGACUUCAUUCUGCAGGCGGUCCCCCCCCAAGAUAGUCUCAUGGAAGAAAUCAGAAAAUCGAUGAGGGCCGAGCCGACUCCAUUCGUCACGCUGCCAUUCUACUCGGCCGAACAGCCCGCCGACCGCUGGGUGGAUGUCAGUAGCGCUCUCAUCGCAGACACGACAACGCACACGAUUAAGCGAAUCCGUUACCGUCGACUCAUUCGACCCAAGCCUUUCAUGGACAGGUCGGCUCCUCUUGGUUCUGCGGGCUCAAGCAACUACGGUGCUGCCCCAAUGACCCCGUCUAUUCUCCCGUACGAGACACAGCUUGACGACGAGUUUCUCGAGGAGCCGAUUGCUAGUCUCGAUGAGGUCCUGAUUGAGGCCGUUGAGAGAGUCAUUGCGCAGAGCAACGAAGUGAGCAAGCAGGGUUCCUCAAAUUCGUCGCGAUCAACCAGCAAGAGAAGAGACCGUAGCAAUAGUGAGACAUCCGUCUCGGUCGAUUCUCAUCACACCCCCCGCAUCCCGAUGGCGUCUCAAGAAGUUCCUCGAGACCAGUGUAAGACAGUGGUCUUGUCGGCUCUGGACGAAAUCAUCCGUGAUGUUAUCGAGGAGCGGGACCACGACCAACUCGACGCGGCCGUCCACCAGGCAGAUCGAGACCGCGAAAGUACUCUCCGAGAAGCCGUCAGGAUCUGGCUCGAUGCCGUCGACUCUAGCGAACAACUAUAA